AUAGGUUUAGUCACCUUUUGGCGCAGUAACCAGUUUAUAAACAAAAAAUGUGAUCCAACCUGAUAUGCCUCAAGGUUCAGUAUGUCAAUUAUUAGAACAGCCAUAAAAGUUGAAUAUGAUACUAUAUUUCUAGCAAAUGUUGUUUUUAAUAUAAUUAAUUACAUCAGAGUUAUUAGACGGCUUUAUCUAUCCGCAAACGUAUCGAAACAACCGUUUGUCACGCGUUGCCUUGCCUUUGAUUGUGACGGCUAAUUCAUCACUACGUCACAGACGUCGGUCAGUUUACUGAUUUAUGUAACAGAAAUAAGUGACAUUGAUAAUAAAAUGGUAGCAAAAGUGGUUGUAGAGCACUAGGGUUAAUGCGUUGAAAUCGUUUUUAUAGCGUUUCAAUUUUUGUACAAGUCAUGUCAGCGGUAAUAAAUUAGAGAUUCAAAUUAAUAAUAUGUAUUCUAGCAUGCACAAUGACCUGGUUUAAUUAUCUUUUCAAUUGUUUAGCCAUUAAGCGUUCGAUAUAAAACCGGGAUUGUAAAUUGAACUAGGUUAGUCAAUAGUUGGUUAUUUCUGAAAAUGUUUGGUCGUUUAGUAACUCGUUACGUUAAUCUGACCGACACAAUUGUAGUGCCAGCAGAAUGGCAUCCUCACGUGUUUCACGAAUUCUUGGCCUCACUGGCUGAACAAGUGAUUAAUGAUGUCAACGCCGGCAAACCGGUCGUUUUGCAAGUAUUGAACACGCCUGCAAAAUUGAAACAACUCCAAAACAAAAACGGAAUCCUAUAUCUCUUCGAGAAAGUAUUUCCAGAAAAGCUGGUGGGUUCGUACGUUAUUGAUGUCAUUUUUUAUAUGAAUGACAAGAAUAUAGAAGCGAUGAAUGACGUUCUCGGGUCAGAACCUUGCAAUCCGAACGCACUUAAACACCGGGUUUCAUUAGAUGAUUACGAUGUUCAAGUUUACCGGAGCGAAUUUAGAACAGCCUAUUACCUGUUACCAAUUGCGAAAAGGUGAGUCGUAGAGAAUCGAUCCACCAAUUACAGCAGUUGUUCUUCAAGAGAAAACUAUACCUAGUAUUUUCUUUUCAGUAAACCGACACCAAGACCUGUUCAAGCUUAGCAGCAUGGUUCAUACGAACGG